UGUAACUCGUAAUCUACACAGAGAAAGAAAAAAAAUGGGGGCUCUAGAUCAUCUCUCUAACAUGUUCGAUUGCUCAGGCGGAAGUCAUCAUAACCACAAAAAUCGCAAACAAUUACAGACAGUCGAGAUUAAAGUAAAGAUUGACUGCGAAGGAUGUGAAAGGAAGGUGCGUAGGUCUGUUGAAGGAAUGAAGGGUGUAACAUCAAUAAACAUCGAACCAAAACAACAUAAGCUCACAGUCACAGGUUAUGUUGAGCCACACAAGGUUGUGGCCCGUGUGGCUCAUCGAACUGGUAAAAAGGUCGAGUUGUGGCCCUACGUGCCAUACGAUGUGGUGGCCCACCCUUAUGCUCAGGGUGUGUAUGACAAGAAGGCACCGGCUGGGUACGUGCGGUAUGAUCAAGACCCGGGGAGCCGCCAUUUGGAACGGGCGAGUUCGACUGAGGUUCGGUACACUACGGCUUUUAGUGAUGAAACACGGGUGCAUGUGCCAUCAUGUGAUGCGGUAAUAUAUACAUCUGUUUGGAUUAAGUGCUUUAUGUAUUAA